GCAGGAUCACUUCGUACGUCAACUUCUGCAACAAGUUCAAUUGGGCGAACAUCUGGCGAAAGUGCACCAGGCAGGUUUUGGGAACCCGCAGCACUUUGAUCUCAGGGUGGUGCAUGGUCUCUCUCUCUGCCACUUUCUUUCUCACACUCUGCCGUUUCCUGGACUGACUGGUCUCCUUUGACCGACUUGGAGCUCAUCUCUACAAUGAAAGGACUAAAGAAUAAAGUGGAUAGCGUCGGAAUCUUUUACGGGAGCUGAUAAUCUGCGGUGCGGAGUCUGAUUCAAAUCGAGGGGUCGCAAGAGCCGGCAGACGUGCAUUGGCAGGGCCCGCUCAGGAACGUGAGACCUUUGUUAAAUGUCCAUGGCCACCGGAACAGGAGAAAGAGGCGGCACUCGAACGACGAUGUCACGUGAGGAGGAUGAUCAAAACCAGGGCGUUGAGCAGCCACUGAUGGAUGGGCUGCCAAAUGACCUGGCAAGACGGUGCCUGGCCAGAGCCAGCAGACAGGCCCACGCAGCCAUGCAGAUGGUGUGCCGUUCCUGGGCCGCCUUUCUGAACUCAGCGGAGCUCUUAGAAUUGCGGCGAGAGGCAGGAGUUUGCGAAGAGUGCCUGUACAUGCUUGCGGUCGCAGACGAUGCGUACCGAUGGGGCGUCUUGACUCCAAGCAGCGGUGCCUGGCGGAGACUGGGGUCCGUCCCCUUUCUGCAGCCGGAAAGGAUUCUGAAGCACUUCCACACCUGUCCCGCCGGCCAAGGCCUACUCCUCGUUUUGGGCGGAAGCGUGUGGGAGCCCGUCAGCUUCCUGGGCGCCUCAAGCGGAGCGUGGGUCCAGAAACUGGCCGCAACUAGAGAGGUGUGGGUGUUUCAAUCCACCACUUCCACGUGGCGGCCAGGGCCGCCCAUGCUGACCGCUCGGAGGGGAAGGUUUGCGUGCGCCUUGGUCGGGAAUAAGAUCAUUGUUGCUGGGGGCUCGGAUCUAGCGGGCCGGCCCCUCUGCGACGCGGAAGUCCUCGACCUGUGCCUGCCGGGCGAGAUCGACGGAUUCCGCUGGGAAGCCCUUCCGCCCAUGAGCUUGGCACGGAAGGACUGCCUGGGAGCGGCGAUCGAGGGGCGCUUCUGGGCUGUCUCGGGGCGGAGGGGCGGCAUCGAUAACGCGUUCUUGAAUUUGCACCAAUCGGCGGCGGUGUUGGACUUGAAAGAUGGCACCUGGUCCACGGUGGGCGGUAUGUGGUUCAGCAGCGAACCUCCGGAGCAUCUCGCGGUGUUCAACGGCCGGAUCGUCGCCUCGGACAGCCUCGGACGUCGGCACCGCGUCAAGACGUACGACGAAAGCAGUGGCUCGUGGAGUGACGUCGGAGACGAGUCACGCGGUGGAAAAACCGUUGUGGGUCUUGCUGCGGUUGAAAAGCAGCUGUAUGCAGUGUCGUGGGAUGCGUUGGAUUCGAAAAUAGACGGGGCAUGCAUAACUCGGCUGUAG